UGUAGAGAGAGAGAGAGGGGGAAAGUUUUAGAGGAAGCUACAUUUAGUGAGAGAAAGGGAGAGAUGAGAGACAGCUGGGUUAGAUGGAUUUGGAUUCUGAAGAAAAAAUAAAAAGCCCAUUUGCAAGAUUUUACUUUUAUUAUUAUUUUUCUUCAGAUCACAGACAGAGAAAGUGAGGAGAGAAGAAAAAAAAGUUAUAUAUUUAAUGGAUGCUGCCAUUUAUUAUAUUAUUGUGUAUAAAUAAAUAGAGAGAGUUUGUUGUAUGAAAUUUGCAUGCUCAUCUGGGCUCUUCCCUCAACCCUUCAUUUUGAAUCCCCCAUUUGCUGGAUCCAUACUCUAAGCUCUCAUAACCCACAAUUUCCCUACCGCCCACUGUUCUCUAUUUUCUCAUCGGAAUUUGCCUCACGCAACCAAGAUUUUAGAAGCUCAGCUAUGAGUCAUCAAUCAUCAUAAUAUUCAGGAGUACGCGCUGAGAUAACAGGCCAAAUCUGAAAAAAGCUUGUCAAACAUUCUAUGAUUCAGUUUCAGAACACUGAUAUGAGACUUGAAUCGGGAACUUGCAAUGUGUGCUCGGCUCCUUGUUCAUCUUGCAUGCAUCUUAACCAUGCUCUCAUGGGGCCAAAGGCUGAAGAGUUUUCUGAUGAAAACUGUCGCGUAGGAGAGGCUAAUAACCAGUAUUCUAUGGAAGAGGAUAAUGCAUAUUCUCUUAGGAGCAGAGCUUGUGAAAGCUCGCAGCACACUGUCAGUGAAGCAAGUAAUAUGCAGAGUGUUAAUUCAAGUCAUGAUGCUUUGUCCGAAAAUGCCGAGAGUAGACAAAUUACAUUGAAUAAGUAUCAAGAUCCCAAGUAUUUAGAAGGUCAUGAUGACAACACUUCUUGUAUUAGUAGAGCCAGUGAUGCUAAUUUUGUGAAUGGCAGCCAUCAGAGGAAGGAAGAGAAAAUAAUAAUGCAUGUGGAAAGGGAUUCAUCUUCUCAUGUUCCAGAAAAAUUGUUGGAAUGCUCCAUUGAGAAUUCUAGUUCAUCCUUGACCAAAGAGAGGGAACCUGUUGUUUCUGGUGAGAAACAUAUUGCUGUUAAGGAUCGCCUUGUUGAGAGUACUUCCGAGAUUUCACUAAAAGUAUGUCCAAAGUCAGAAGCAGAUACCGCUGUUUGUGAUGUUAACAAUGAAGAUCCUAAAUGUUCACUUCACAAUGGACAAGGUGAGAAAACGGAGCUGGUUAAAUUGCCUGGCAAGCAGGAACCUCAAUCUGAAGACGAGAGUGAUGAAUCAGAUGUUGUGGAACAUGAUGUAAAGGUGUGUGACAUCUGUGGAGAUGCUGGUCGUGAGGAUCUACUUGCCAUAUGUAGUAGGUGCAGUGACGGUGCAGAGCACACCUACUGUAUGCGAGACAUGCUUGAGAAAGUCCCUGAAGGGGAUUGGUUAUGUGAAGAAUGCAAAGAUGCAGAGGAGAAUGAAAAUAAAAGAUCGGAUGUUGAAGACCAAAAAAUGGUUGAAGCUGGUUCAACCUCACAAGUUUCUGGCAAAAGGCUUUCUGAUAACAUUGAAGUAGCUCCAGCAGCAAAAAGACAAGCUCUUGAAUCAAGUACAGGAUCACCAAAGAUGUCAAGUCCCAAGAAGUUAGUUCCAUUAUCCCGUGAAUCUUCAUUUAAGAGCUUGGAUAAAUCAAAAGUGAAGCCUAGUCUUCUGAUGCCUAUUCGAAACCACUCUGGUGGUAAUGACACAGAGAUUGCUCGCUCUCCUUCGAUUGGUCCCCGGGGUCAAAAUCCUAAGGGUAUGUUGUUGAAGUCUAAUUCAUUCAACAACUUGAAUUCCAAGCCAAGAGUUAAACUUGUUGAAGAAGUUGUUCCCCCAAAACCAAAAGGGGGUAAUGAACAUACUUCAAAGAACAUGGACAUGCCUGCUCGAAUGACUGGCAAAUCAACAUUAUUCAAAUCCUCGAGUUUGGGGCGAUCAAAUGCAUCUGAAUCAAAAGUUAAAAUGCUUUCGCCCAAGUCUGCAACUACUCAGGAUUUGAAAGGUUCUAGACAUUCAAAAGAAUCAGGUGUGUUUGAUAGGAAAUUUCCGUCUAGGGUUGAUCGUCCCGUGGCUAGUACUGUCGUUUCCACUCCUAAGGGUGAUCAAAAGCUUACACCUCGUGCUGAAACCAGUAAACCCUCAACAAUGAACAACAAUCGAGAAUUGAAGGUUAACCAAGAUGGAAAAUCAAGUACAUUAUCAAGGUCAAUGAGUAAUAUAAGUCGUAAAAGUUUGGAGCCUCAAGUUAGUUCAGAGAGAACAUCAACCCGGGUUGAUGAAGCUCAACAGGAUGUGCUGCCUCGAUCACGGGAGACUGCAAAUCAGGUUGAGAAAAGCAGAGAUAGUUCUAGUGGUGAUCGUGUAAGGUCACCUGUUCCAACUUCUUCAAAAAACCCAUUCUGUCAAAAGUGUAAGGAAUUUGGCCAUCCCUUGGAAUGUUGCACAGCUGGUACUACACAGGAAUCUGGUGCCGAAAUAUCUGUCACUGCCUCCAGUAGUUCAAAAGAGGAGAUGCAUAAAGACAAUAUAUUGAAAGCUGCAAUCCAGGCUGCUUUACUUAGAAGGCCUGAAAUUUACAAGAAGAAAGAAGUGUCUAAUCAAACUGAUGAGGUCUCUACCUCAGGCACAGAGUUGAAUUGUGAAGUGACUUCAAAAGACCAAGUGUUGAUUUCUGGCACACUGAAGCAUAGUAUAUCUGCUGAUGAAGCCCAUGAACAACUGGAAACCCUUGAGAAUUCUACCUCAGAUUCUUCAAAAUGUUCAUCUGCCAAUGAUUUGAAGCAACUUAACUCUUGUCCAACUGACUCUCAGUCCCUAACAGGAAAGUCAGAUUCCAUUGGUCUUGCAGCUGGAAAGCUUGUAGUGAGAGACUUGUCUGAUAAAGCUGUGGCACUGUCAAGUGUUCCUUCGAAGACAUUAGCCUUUCCUGAAUAUGAAUACAUCUGGCAGGGUGUCUUUGAAGUGCAUAGAAAUGGAAAGCCUCCUGAUUUAUAUACUGGACUUCAGGCGCAUUUAUCAUCUUGUGUUUCUUCUAAGGUUAUUGGGGUAGUGGACAAGUUCCUACCCAAAGUUCCCCUCAAUGAAGUUUCUCGACUGAGCAUUUGGCCUUCACAGUUUCAUCAUGGUGGGGUUAGUGAAGAUAAUAUUGCCCUUUACUUCUUUGCCAGGGAUGUUGAAAGUUAUGAGAGAUACUACAAGGGUUUAUUGGAUCACAUGAUUAGAAAUGAUUUAGCACUUAAAGGAAAUUAUGAUGGUGUUGAACUGCUGAUAUUCCCUUCCAAUCAGCUUCCUGAAAAUUCACAGCGCUGGAAUAUGUUGUUUUUCUUGUGGGGCGUAUUUAGGGGGAGGAGGAUCAAUAAUUCAGAUUCUGCAAAAAAGAUUUGUAUUCCCAGUUUGAAUGUGAUGCCAGUUGAGGAGAAAUCUUCAGCUGUUGUUUUGACGAAGCCUGAAACACAUUGUUUGCCAAAGUGCAAGAAAGAUGAAGAAUCAAUUGAUUGUGAUAAAGCAUGUAAUGCACUUCUCCCAUCCACUUCUGUAGACCAACGUCAGACUAAUGGAAGUAGGAAUGUGGAUGCCAAUGACCAGACAUAUUUGGGUUCACAAGGAAACUUAGAGAAGCUAGAUAGUAGGAUUGACUCAAAAUCUACAUCAAGGGUUCUAACAAGCAGCACUCUGUUACAUCAAGAAAUUGAGUCUCCUGGUUCACCCCUGAAAGCUGGUGUACCUGAACAAGGACAGUGCAGAGAGUGUGAACCUCCUGAAGCAACAGGAAAAAGUGCAAGUAGUAUGAUUGUGGAAACAAAAACCGAUUCGGAUAUUUCUGUUAAGCAAGAGAACACCUUGUCUUUGAUUCCUUCUGAAGAAGGUGCUGCAAGCAAUAUUAGCGAGGAUAAGAUUUCAGAAAAAAUAAACAGUGAUAAAGACCAACAAAGGCCUGAGAAGAAACGAAAAGAGGAUUGUCAUUAUAUUGAUUUAGAGGCAAAUCUUGACAAUCAAGAACCAGGUGCUACAAGCAAUUUUAGUAAGGAUAAAAAUUCAAUAACAGUUAUUGGUCAAGAUCAGCAAAGGCCUAAGAGGAAACCGAAAGAUGAUCAUUAUAUUGAUUUGGAGGUAACGCCUGAAGAUCAAGAAAUGGGUUCUGUAAGCAAUAUACGUGAGGAUAAAAAAAUGGACGUUGAGGAAGACUGGCGAUGGCUUAAGAAGAAACAGAAAGAUGGUCACUGCAUUGACUUGGAGGCAACUUUUCCGGGAGACCCAAGUGUAGAAGUGGUCAACUGUCAGCUACCUGAUGAUAAAGUUCAAUAUGUAAAUCUUUCUGACACAAUUAUGCAGGGUUCUGCUGUUAGUUGUCAAAGAAUGCCUUGGAGUGAGGGAAAUGCUAUGUCAGAAGACAGAGAAAGUUAUGGCAAGAGGCUAAAGUCAGGUUUUGGUGGAUUUUAUGGUUCUGGAGGUAGAGACUCUUUUAAUGACAGUUUUACACCUCUUAGAAAUGAUCUUGGCUCCUGUUCUUCAGUUGAGGACAAAGGAUGUGAGGAAGCUUGUGCUGAAAAAAUCAUCCUUGAGGACUUAGGUACGAAGGAAAGAACCUUCUUUCCGGUUGGCAUGCAGAAUGCUAGCAACUCACUAUCAGUGCUGAAUACCAUGUCAACCAAAGCGGUUGGUGGGUACGAUGAAGGGUUUCAAGAUGGGACUCCUAAUCUAGAGCUUGCCUUAGGGGGCAAGACGAAACCGCCACAGUCUGCGCCUAAGGGUAUGCUGCCUUUCUUAGUUGGGGCAGUGGACAGGCAGAAUAACCGCCCGGUUAGCGUGGGAGAUAGGCCGGAGGAUGAUGGUUUUGCUGCAUCUCUUUCUCUCUCUCUGUCCUUUCCAUCUCCAAACAAGGAUCACACAAAAGCUGCUGAGCUUUUGCCUGAUGGCCACCGAGUGAACAACCCGUUUUUCCUUUUUGGGAGAAAAUAAAUCUGCUGGCUGCUUAUAUGUUUCCAAUCAUGUAAAUUAUCUUGUUUCGGAUGGCCCAGCAUGUAUGAUAGAUAUAAUCUUCCAGCCCCUCGCUACACAAAAGAAGGAGCCGUUGUCCUCAACAAGAGUCAAUAAGUUUUCUUUCUUUUUUUAAUCCUUUGUUACAUACAUGUUUUUGUAUUAGUUUUUUUGUUUUCAGAAUGCAUAGUGACGGCUGUUUGUAUAUAUAGAGAGAAUUGAAGCCGACAUAAUUUCAAAUAUGAUACUAGGAACUUGCGGAUGACUAUUUUUAUGGCAGGGUUUCCUCUGUUCCUGGCUCCA